UGAAGCAAUCAAGAGUAUGAUCCAGGACAUAGAGAGUUCAGAAAUUCCACUGAAGGGUGAUUCUCCAGUCUCGACUACAGUAAACAUCCUUCCUUAUGAUUCCUAUUGCUUAACGUUGUUAACCGUACAUAGAUUUAGUCUGAGCAAACACACAAAGUGAGAAACCAUGGAGGACAAGAUUGAGGUGGAGAUGAAAGAGCUUACUCCAGGAGAAGAGCAAGACAAUAAGGAUGACGAAAAAGGCAAAAUGGAUGAAACAAAAGAAGCAGAAACAAAAAAAGGAGAGGCCAAUGUGUACUGCAAACUGAAGAAUCCACAAGAAAAUAUUUACAGUCUUGCAAUGCCUACUUCUUCUCCAGAGCACAAAGAAGCUGAAAAAGUGGAAGAAAAAGAAAGAGCAGAAAAAGAAGAAGCAGAAGCCGAACAAACUAACGUUUACACCAGACUGGACAAUCCAUCAGAAAAUGUUUAUAUGUCAGUGACCAGUUCCACUGCAAAACAAAAUGAAGAUGUUUACAGAAAAGUUCGUCUGUACAAGAGGAUUUCCACUAUUUUCAUCUUUCUCUCUUUGCUCUUGCUGGCUGUGGUUCUUGCUCUGGCUAUGAAGUUGUCUGAAGUUCAGUCCAGCGAGAAGUGUCCAGAUCUCAUUACUGAAGUGAACAAAAUACACAAUUACUCCCCAAAACAAGAAGGGUGUCAGUGCUCUGAGUGUGGGGAGGACUGGGAGAAGUUUGCGAACUCCUGCUACUUCUUUUCUAAGGAGCGUCUAAAAUGGCAGGAGAGCAGGGAGGUGUGUCAGAAACAGGGCGGAGACUUGGUUGUCAUCGACAAUGAACACAUGCAGAGGUUUCUAACUGAGAAUGGAAACAUGCUGUACUGGAUUGGGCUCAAAAAAGAACAGCAAUGGAAUUGGAUUAACAGCACUGCACCAACCAUGAAAUACUGGUCCUAUGGCCAGCCAAAUCCAGACUCUCAAGGCUUCUGUGCACUGCUAAAUGGAGGGUCAAAACUGAACAACUGGCUUUCAAACUCCUGUGAGGUGUAUUCAAAUUUCAUUUGUCAGAAACGUUAAAAGAGGAGAACGGCAACCAUAACCAUCACAUAUAUCUGCUUCAUUUGCCUUUAAUAUCAUCACUUUACUGUUAUACUUACCUUUUACAAAUGCAGUUCAUAAAUAAUAACAAAUACAGAAUCAGUACAUGCAACAAUCCUGUUCUGUGAUGCACAAUCAAGUAGACAUGCUAAGUAUUUUACAUGAUUGAGAAAAUGAGACAUGCUAAGUGUAUUCAUUGAAAGUGACUCUGUGCUUAUAUUACUUGAAAAUUGUAACGCUAUUAAUUGCACUGAUACAAAAUAAUUUUGCACUAAUUUCUAUAAAAACCUUAUUUGCACUAAAAACUUUGCAGAAUGUAUUAUAAAAUUAAAAAUAUACCUAUGUAGCUGCCUUCAGAAUAAGUAGUCAGAAGUCAUUGUCCUUAAUAAUUAGUGGAAGUCAUUGUCCUCAAUUUAAUAUUCAGUUCUUAAUGCACCCAUUCUAUGUGAUUUUUCACCUCAAAGUAGUAUUCACUCAAUAAAACAAUGAAAUGUACAGAAUCAGUAUACUUUCAAUACAUUUCAUCUAUUAAACAGGUCUCAUCUCUUGAGCAUCCAAAUGAUCUUCAUUCUCUAGCUCUAAACCGAGAAGACUUUGGCGUAUAAUUUGCCAGCAAAGCACGGAUUUCCUGUUGCCAUCUGAGCUGUCGUUCUGCAUGCUUUUCAUGUCCGCAGGUUCAUGGGCCAUGUCAUUUCUCUCACCUCCCUGUUUCUUGUCCGAUUCAUCAUUUUUUGAUAACAAAUUAACGUAGCGUCUGAUCUUCUGCAUAAACUGGUCAUUGCGGUCCUCCACUCUGAAAUAAAUGCAGUGUUAAAUGAAAUAA